CAAAGAAGCUUCCUAACCUAAUCUUGCGGAGUCAGCGGCAGUUCAGGGAUUUGUUAGCUCGACUCCAGAAAUGUGAGGGUUUAAAAUAAGUAAAUCCAUAACCUAGAACUUGGUAAAUCAACCUAUACACAAUUGAUCUAUCUGAAGAACUUGGUAUGAGCAUGGGAUACACCGAGUAUAUGGAUCCAAAAAGAGGAAAUCCACCACCAUAGGAAACCGGAGGUGGAGGAGGUGUACCUGCUGCAACCAAUCCGAGCAUACAAACUAUUAUUUCAAACGGACCAAUAACCUCACAGUUCCAAAUCACUGAUUUCUAAAAUCCUGUAUGGGAAAACAUUUAACAAUUUUCCCUGUUUGACCGCUAGGUUUUAUGGGUAUUAUCACACCUCCACUGUGGGGCUCUAUAGCAGGUAAUGCAUCGCCUGGCCCAGGCCACAGUCUGACUGGACCACCCAGAGGACAGAUGAGUUUAAAAAGCAGCCCGUUCUGCCCUCGGUCGUCGAGCAGACUAACUCAGUGCAUUAUUCAAGACCAUAUGGUGUCCCAUUAUAAAAAGGUAUAUUCAGCUAAAGCUGCCAUUGAUUCAUCAGUACCCAAAAGUAUGCUAAGCAGUGUAAAAUAUAAUGACCAGUUACGGCGGGAGCAGUUGAGGAAAGAUGCGUCUAGGUCUGAUAGACGGCCUCAGUCAGCUGGUUCACACUCACAGAGGAGCAGCAGAGCCAACACCAAAGCCUCCUGCCCAUCACAAAAUAUGCAAAGUGUAGCAGGUCAAGAGAGUGCCUAUUUCUACCUGGGAAGCUCAAUGAUUUCUACUCCAAGAAUCAACACCUCCUUUCACGCCAAGCAAAUAGUUUACCCGUCCCAAAUGGUCGGAGGGUCUGGGAGCCCCCCGCACUUCUUCCACUGUGCAUCAGAGUACAGCUAUAGGAGCCCAAACUCCCAGAGGCAGCAGCCAGCCCGCUCCACCACAGGUACCCAGAGUGGCUACAAGGCCUUUCAGGACCCUGUCCAGAAGACCUACAGUGGGGACCUGAUUCAGAAACACGCCCACCGCUUCACCCAGGACAAGCCCUUCACUCCCAGGACUCUGAAGUCAGACAGCAGGUCCUAUCUGUCUCAGUAUCGCUACUACACACCUCCUCGCGGUAAACCAGCCCAGGACCAGGAGAGGACCAUCCCCAGGCUGACACGGCAGGAGUCCUAUCAUGGAAGCACACGAACCAAGGAAUGCUCAUCGCCUGAAUGGGAUAAUCAACCCCUGGGACAUGGUACAGAGCAUGAGUGGUCGGAUGCAGACGAUGAGUCCCAUACACUGAAUCUGUCAGCAUUUGGACAAAGAAGCAAGGGAACCAAGAGCGUAAGCAGCGAUCACUUCCAUCCCUCAUUCAGGGUUUCGCCAGAAGGAAUGACAUCUCCUAUCAUGAAGAGGGUGUCUGCAGAGGAGGAAGAAUUUAUGUACCUUGAAUUUAUUGCUGAUGUAACAAAUGAAAUCUUGUCCAGGGGCCUGUACUCUGACAGGGUCUUAGAGCGGGUGUUUGAACGUCACGUUGACAAGAAUAAACAUCUAUUGGAUGAGGACAAAAUGUGCCACCUUCUGGAGACUCUGCGCAAUGACUUGCAAAGUCCAGCCAACACACCUACCUUUAGUGCAGAGCCUAAGAAUGGUGAGGAGACAGAGCUUGACCUUCUUCAUAGUCAUCUCCAGGGUCUGGAUUCUCUGGACAGAGGAGCACUAUCAGAAACCAAAGAGGACAAUGACCUUUUUCCCUAUGCAUUGUUUAACCAGGACAGUAGUGGGCUGGAGAAUGUUGUUCCAUUGUCAGUGUCCACACCGUUAUAUGGUAGCCCUCCUAAGAGGACUGACUCUGACAGUCUGCCUGUUGGUUCACCUGAUGCUGAUGGAGGUGCAGAGGGCCUGGAUGAGCACAAUCAUGACAGGGAAAAUGAUUUUCCUCCUUCACUUGGUGAAAAUACCCCUCUGACCCUUGAGGAGGACCACAAUCAAAACCUAGAAGACAAUUAUGGUGGACUAUCCAAAGACCUGGAAGAUCUUGAGAGAAAUCUGUCCGAGUCAUUGCAUGUUUCCAAUGCACCUAAUUCCACAGGGCCAGUAGUCACUGAGAAUAUAAACACAGUAGCCUCUUUCAGUGAUGAUGAGUUCUGAUUUUAUUAGUAUUUUAGGGAUGAGUUUUGUGAACUUUGUAGUCAAAGGAGACUAUUUUCGAUAACAACAAUUUGAUAUAGGUUUUUGCAUCUUAAAUGUGUUUUAUAAAUGGGAGCUGAUAGGUAUAUUUCAUACUUUUUGCCUAUUCCUGUGCUGGGCACCAUUGCCAUGUGUAUUUCCAGUACAAAGUAUUGACCAAUAUAUAUUUGGAUUAUUGUUACACAAUGAUGAGAAGGAACUAGACCGUAUAUUCAUAUUUUACAGCAACCUGGCAUGAAGUAAUUAAACUGACAGUUCACAAA